GCGGGGGCGGGGCUGGGGGAGGCGCGUGCCGAGCAGGCCGGGGGGUCCGUCUCCCCGGCCCUUUGAACCCGGAGCGUACAGAGAUGUGAUAAUGGAUCAUCAUGUUUCCACCAUCAAACCUCGAAGGAUCCAGAACCAAAAUGUCAUUCACCGCCUGGAACGCCGACGGAUCAGCUCGGGCAAGGCAGGCACCCACUGGCAUCAGGUCCGAGUAUUCCACCAGAAUGUCUUCCCCAACUUCACGGUCGUCAAUGUUGAAAAGCCUCCUUGUUUCUUGCGUAAAUUCUCACCUGAUGGACGCUACUUUAUUGCUUUCUCUUCAGACCAGACGUCUCUCGAGAUCUAUGAGUACCAGGGCUGCCAGGCAGCCGAGGACCUACUGCAGGGCUAUGAGGGGGAGAUCCUGUCCAACGGCAAUGACCAGCGGUCGGUCAGCAUCCGCGGCCGGCUCUUUGAACGCUUCUUCGUCCUGCUGCACAUCACCAACGUGGCCGCCAACGGUGAGCACCUGAACCGGGAGUGCAGCCUCUUCACUGACGACUGUCGCUGCGUCAUCGUGGGCUCAGCUGCUUACCUCCCGGAUGAGCCGCAUCCUCCUUUUUACGAGGUGUAUCGCAACAGUGAGUCCGUGACCCCCAACCCCCGGUCCCCUCUGGAGGACUAUUCCCUCCACAUCAUUGACCUUCACACCGGCCGCCUAUGUGAUACGCGCACCUUCAAGUGUGAUAAAGUGGUCCUGUCGCACAACCAAGGGCUGUACCUGUACAAAAACAUCCUGGCCAUCUUGUCAGUGCAGCAGCAGACCAUCCACGUCUUCCAGGUGACCCCUGAAGGCACUUUCAUUGACGUGAGGACCAUCGGCCGCUUCUGCUACGAGGAUGACCUCCUCACCGUGUCAGCUGUCUUCCCUGAGGUGCAGCGGGACAGUCAGACGGGCAUGGCCAGUCCUUUCCGAGAUCCCUUCAUCAACUCCCUCAAACACCGGCUGCUGGUGUACUUGUGGCGCCGGGCGGAGCAGGACGGGAGUGCGAUGGCCAAGAGGCGCUUCUUCCAGUACUUUGACCAGCUGCGGCAGCUGCGCAUGUGGAAAAUGCAGCUUCUGGACGAAAACCAUCUGUUUAUCAAGUACACUAGUGAGGACGUGGUCACCCUGCGGGUCACGGAUCCAUCACAGGCAUCUUUCUUUGUGGUGUACAAUAUGGUGACAACAGAAGUGAUUGCUGUGUUUGAGAAUACAUCCGAUGAGCUUUUAGAGCUCUUUGAGAACUUCUGUGACCUCUUCCGUAACGCCACCCUGCACAGUGAAGUCCAGUUUCCCUGCUCAGCUUCUAGCAACAAUUUUGCAAGGCAGAUCCAGCGCCGGUUUAAAGACACUAUCGUAAACGCCAAGUAUGGAGGGCACACGGAGGCAGUACGCCGGCUGCUGGGGCAGCUCCCCAUCAGUGCCCAGUCUUACAGCGGUAGCCCCUACCUUGAUUUGUCUCUCUUCAGCUAUGACGACAAGUGGGUGUCCGUCAUGGAGCGACCCAAGACUUGUGGAGAUCACCCUAUCAGGUGCACCGACCACUUCCCACCGUGUGCUUUGGAAUCUGACAACUAAGAGUUGUCAAACCCCAACACCCUGUAAGCAUUACGCUUUUGUUGCUUCCUCUGCCUGGAAUGUCCUCUCUCUCCCCCCACACCUGGCUAAUACCUUGCUAUUCUUGAAAAGUCAGUAAAGAUGUCACCUUUAGGGAAAUACCCCAUGGGCACCCAACACGCUGGGCACAAGCUUUACCACCGCACCUGCUGUCUGUGCCGAGGGGUCCGUCUGUGACAGCCCCCAGGGAGCACCUUUCUAUUCCCAGUGCCUGGCACACAGCAGGCACUCAAUAAGUGUCUGAUGAGUUAAACUAAGUGAUCUGGGCAUGCUUUUGAGAAGCUUAGUAGGUUCGAAGACCAGAAAGAAACUGAAGCCCUCAUGGAAAUCCACCACAGGGUUUUCCCAGUCUCCUGACUCUGCGCUCAAGCCCCGUUUCUCUCAGGAAGGAAGCGCACACCCUGCGGAGACCCCGGCUCACUUACCAAGCGCCCUGGCCCCAGGCCUUUCACGACCACUCGGAUGUGGGUCACGCCCUUCCCGGCAGCUUUCUGGAGAGGAGGAAAGAGUGUCAGUGCUCCAGGGAGAGAACUGCUCCAUCAGAUCUGUUGCUACUGCUACCGGGACCAAGAGGGUUAUGAGCUGCAGGGAAGAGGCAUCCCCGUCCUUAGGCAGAACACAGGGAAGGCAGCAAAGGCCACAGUGCAGGGCAGACACCGGCAGAGAGCAUGGAACUUGUCAAACCCUAGGUCAGCACUGCCACCUGAUGGAGAUUUCUAAAUAUCGCUUCCGUGUUCUCAG